UUUUUCAAAUUUAGAUUUUCAGUUAAAAUUUUAUUCUAUAUUCUCUGUAUUAUAUUUAAUCUUUUCUUUUUAUUUAUUUCGUCAUUUUUUAAUUUCCAACCGAAAAGUGUUUUUGAACAGAAUUAUAAACCAAGGUUUCUUCAAAAUUAAAAAAUAAUUUAUUUUUCUCCAGGUUUGAAGUAAAUAGGUUCUACAAAUCAGAAAGAUGUUCCUUUGCUAAUUGUUUCAACUUUACAAAUUGUUUGGACAACAAUUUGCGUAUUUAUGUUUAUCCGGAUUUACCAAACUCGCCUCAAUCUAAAAUUUAUUCUGAUAUUUUGACUGUUUUGAGAAAAAGUGUUUAUUUUACUGAAGAUGCAAGUGAAGCUUGUUUAUUUAUUUUGAGUGUGGAUACUAUUGAUAGGGACAGAAUAAGUGAAGACUAUGUAAAAGACUUGAAUUCUUUAAUUUCUUCAUUACCCAAAAAUAUUUGGAACGGCGGCUUAAAUCAUUUAAUAUUCAAUUUUUAUUUUGGCACUUUCCCAAACUAUUCAAUUGAUGAUUUGGGGUUUAAUCUAGGAAAGGCGAUGAUUGCUUGGACUAGUGCAAGUCGACAGCAUUUCCGCACAGAUUUUGAUAUUUCCAUUCCCUUAUUUCACAAAGAACACCCUUUAAUAAGUAACGAAGAAAUUUGGUUAAAUUCAACUGAAUCUCACAAUCAUGAUAAAUACUUGGCUAGUUUUAAAGGAAAGAGAUAUGUUUAUGGAAUUGGUUCAGAAACCAGAAACAUUUUACAUUAUCUUCACAACGAUAAUUCUGUAAUUAUUGCAUCGACGUGUCGUCAUAAUUCUGAUUGGAAAAAGUUUGAGGAUGAAAGGUGUGAAGAGGAUAAUGCACAAUAUGACAGAUGGGAUUACAAUCAAUUAAUGGAAAAUUCUACUUUUUGUUUAAUUCCAAGAGGGAGACGUUUAGGUUCUUUUCGCUUUCUUGAAUCUCUCAAACAUUCGUGUAUUCCUGUCAUUUUUUCUGAUGAUUGGGUUUUACCUUUUGAAGAUUUUAUUGAUUGGAGUCAACUUUCAAUCUCAGGGAAUGAAAAAAAUAUUUUAUUUAUUUAUGAUUAUUUGUCUAAUAUUCCAAAGGAACGUAUACUCAAAAUGCGCCACUCUACUCAACUAAUUUAUCAAAAAUAUUUUGCUAGUGUUGAAAGAAUUGUUUUAACUUCUAUCGAGCAAGUAUUUGAACGUAUAAGACGACAUGUAGGUUUGCCUUCACAACAAAAUUGGUUAUGCUAUUGAAUUUUAUUGAAAAUUAAUUUUUGCGGAUAAAACUUGCGGACAGUUUUUUUGGAAUUUAAAAAUUUCCUUUUACUCGUACCUGCCUAUUUUUUGCUUGUAUUCGUACUUUGUACACAGGUACAAGUACGAAUUUUGAUAUGACUUCCCAAGGACAUAGCCAGGCGGCUUUCGGUGCUAUAGCUCCCCUCUGGAAUGGCCUGAAAUCGACCCCCUGGCUACGCUCUUGCGACUUCCAAAAACACUGCUUGCA